CUCUGCUAAAGAAGGCGGAAGUCGUCCGGUGUGCCGAGGAAGGCGGAAGUCGUCCCGUGUGUCGCGCCCCCCUCUCCGCUGCCUUAAGCUGCGGGCAAGUCCGGCAGCCGCACAAUGAGUGCAGUGACCUAUGAUGACGUGCAUGUCGACUUCACUCGGGAAGAAUGGGCUUUGCUGGAUCCUUCCCAGAAGAAUCUCUACAAAGAUGUGAUGCUGGACACCUACAGGAACCUCACUGCUGUAGGCUACAAUUUGGGAGACCAUAAGAUUGAAGAACAUUGUCAAAUUUCUAGAAGACAUGGAAGGCAUGAAAGAAAUACUGGAGUGAAACCCUGUGAAUAUACUCAAAGUGAUAAAGCCUUUGCGUAUGACAGUCAUCUUCAAAGACAUGAAAGAAUUCCUGCUGGAGAGAAACGCAAUCAAUGUAGUCAGUGUGGGAAAGCCUUUGCACAUCACAGUUAUCUUCGGAUACAUAAGAGAACACACACUGGAGAGAAGCCCUGUGAAUGUAAGCAGUGUGGGAAAGCCUUUGCACAUCUCAGUAGUCUCCGAAGACAUAAAAUAACACAUACUGGAGAGAAACCCUACAGAUGUAAUCAAUGUGAUAAAGCCUUUUCACAACCUACUAGUCUCCAAAUACAUAUAAGAACACAUACUGGAGAAAAACCUUAUGUAUGUUAUCAGUGUGGGAAAGCCUUUUCACAGCACAAUAGUCUCCGAGUUCAUAAAAGAACACAUACUGGAGAGAAACCCUACAAAUGUAAUGAAUGUGGUGAAGGCUUUGCACGUCACAGUCACCUUCAAAGGCAUGAAAGACUCCAUACUGGAGAGAAUCCCUAUGAAUGUCUUCAACAUGAGGAAGCCUAUGCACAUUUCUAUACUCUUCAGCAUCGUGAAAAAAAUCAUACUGGAGAAAAACCCUAUGAAUGCACUCAAUGUGGUAAAACCUUUGCACAUAACAGACAUCUCCGAAUGCAUAAAAGAACACAUUCUGAAGAGAAAGCCUGCAAAUGUAAUCAGUGUGGUAAAGCCUUUGCACAUAAGAGUUAUCUCCGGAUGCAUAAAAGAAUACACUCUGGAGAGAAACCCUAUGAAUGCAGUGAAUGUGGUAAAACAUUUGCAUAUCAUAGUUAUCUCCGAAUACAUGAAAGAACACACACUGGAGAGAAACCCUACGAAUGUACUCAAUGUGGCAAAGCCUUUGCACGUCACACUAGUCUCCAAAUACAUAAAAAAACACAUACUGGAGAGAAACCAUAUGCAUGUAAUCAAUGUGAUAAAACCUUUGCACAUCAUAAUUAUCUCCGUAUCCAUAAAAGAACACAUACUGGAGAGAAACCCUAUGAAUGUACUCAGUGUGGUAAAACCUUUGCACAUCAUAGUAGCCUUCAAAUCCAUAAAAGAACACAUGCUGCAGGACACCCUAUGAAUACAAGCAGUGUGGUUAAACCUUUGCAUGUAACAGUCGUCUUCCAAGUCAUGAGAGAGAAUCAUAGUGGAGAGAAACCCUAAACAUCUAGCCAGUGUGGUAAAGUCUUUGCACUUCAUGGUAGUCCUACAAAAGAGAAAAACCUUUCAUGUGUAAUCAGUCUGUUAAAGCUUUUGCACAUCAUAUUGGUGUUUGAGAACCUGAAAGGACUCACAACAAAGGGAAACUGACUGUAAUGGAUUUAGUAAGAUCUUUAUCCAACACACGCAGGUUCAGUUACACAAGAUCAUUCUGGAGAAAAAAGAUCUGGCAAGUGUCAACGGUAUUCAAGUGUUACGAUGUCCCUCUUUAUUUUGUUUGCACCUGUAAACUCAUGGAGAAAAUCCUUAUGAAUUUAAACAAUAAGAUAACCCUUUUAGAUAUCACACUUCUCUUCAAUAAGAUGAAAUAGCUCACGUAGGUGUAAAAUUGCCUGGGUAUGAUUGCUUUGCACCCUCCAAGUCUUCCACUCUUACCUUAUUUUGGCAACUACUUGUGGCUGUCAGAGACAGCACUCUGCAGGCUCCCACUUGGUGGUCUCCACAUAGGCAUUAGCUCUUCUGUCGCUACCUGGUCAUCCCUGUAACCUGCCUGCCUGGUAGGAAUAAGGAUAUUCUAAAGAGACAUUUAUCUCUCUCCCAGUGGCUAGUGAAAUAGUGCACCCCAUGACAUUCUGAUUUCCUGGGAAUCUCAUUCUGGGCAAAGACUGAGUCCUUCAGAAGAAAACUUCUCUGCUGAAGAAACAUUUACUCCUGAUCUGAAUACCUUGCUCCAGAGAAAGCUGAGAAUUGGGAGUGAUUUGGGGAUGAGAAAAAUUCAUUUUAUGGCUUUGUGAGGUUUCUCAGUUGUGCGUAUCUCUUGCCUUCUAACUAAGGAUGGAUUGAUUACCUUAUAGCUUCAUAACUGUUCCAAAUUAGUCAUACUGAAUAAAUAUCAUGUUUCAAUUUUUA